AUGGAUCGUAAUUCUGACAAAUUCACCAGCCCGUUCCUGCGGCCAAACGCCCACAUGAUGGCGGCGUCGCCCCAGCAACAGCAAGUCCAGAUGCCGUCCUCUACCAAAACUUUGAAAGGGAUUAUCGCCGGUGCUAUCACAGGAGGUCUGGAGAUCUGCAUCACAUUCCCCACAGAGUAUGUCAAGACACAGCUGCAGCUGGACGAGAAGUUAGGUGUACAGAAGCGUUACAAGGGUCCCAUUGACUGUGUGAAAGUUACAGUCAAGGAAUAUGGCAUCAGAGGGUUAUACCGGGGUCUUAGUGUGUUACUGUAUGGCUCUAUACCCAAGUCUGCUGUUAGGUUUGGUUCUUUUGAAGAGUUCAAGAAGCGAAUGGUUGGUGCAGAUGGUACCUUGAAUGCACAACAGCGAUUACUUUGUGGCCUAGGGGCCGGUGUCUCGGAGGCCAUAUUUGCCGUUACGCCUAUGGAAACCGUUAAAGUCAAGUUCAUCAACGAUCAAACGUCAGCAAAACCUCAGUUCAAAGGUUUCUUCCAUGGUGUCAGAUGUAUAGUCAGGGAACAGGGUCUUCGGGGAUGCUAUCAGGGUUUAACCGCAACAAUCAUCAAGCAGGGGAGUAACCAGGCCAUCCGGUUCUUUGUGAUGGAGACUUUGAAGGACUGGUAUAGAGGAGAGGACAAACAGAUGAAAGUCCCAACUCUAGUCACAGGCUUGUUUGGGGCCAUUGCAGGAACAGCUUCAGUCUACGGCAACACCCCCAUAGAUGUCAUCAAGACCAGGAUGCAGGGGUUGGAUGCUCAUAAGUACAAGAACACCUGGGAUUGUGCCGUCAAGAUUAUGAAACAUGAGGGACCCAGAGCGUUUUACAAAGGUACCGUCCCUCGACUCAGCCGUGUCACCUUGGAUGUCGCCAUCACAUUUAUGAUCUACGACAACUUCAUGCAUUUCUUCAACACCGUGUGGAAGACGUAA